CUCGCACCUGCAGUUUCGAUAAUAUGUAUCGAAGUGAUAAUUACACUGGCCCUUAAUUUUAAUUAUGAAUAAGGUCAAUAGGCACAUCCGAUGCUUAUUGGCACGGCAAUGCAAUUAUACGAGAUUUUAUUUAUACUGAAACGCAGUAUUGUGGGAUCAGUAAUAUAGUGAUUGACUCCAAGAUACCUGGCUGUGGGCAAGAUGAAGUUGUUCAUUUUGGCUCUUUUCUCCUUGAUCCUAGCUGUCAGUUCCGAGAGUGAAAAUUCGAAGACAAAGACCAUCAAAGAUGAGAAGACCAAGACCGUCAAAGAUCAGAAGAGUGACGAUUCAGGUUUCCUCGAAAAAUUCUUAACACCCCUAAAUCAUGACAUAAACCAAAGGUAUGGCUUAAAAGGGGAAGAAUAUAGUAACGAGGGACUGAUGAGAAAUUAUUACAAUGGAUACUAUGAUUACAAUGAUGAAAACGAAGAUUACGUGAAAUACGGAGGUGUAUCGGGCCUUUACAAGCCUAAUAUUUGGGAAUAUUCUAAAAAUGUCGGUAAACUGGGCCUCGUGGGUUACAAGGAUGGUGGCGAACAAAAUGUUUGGGGUAAUUUGAGAAACUCUGAAGGUAAAUUGAAAAACAUAGGCAUCUAUGACAGGCGUAACGAUUACUCUAAUAACGGAAAUAAGGGUUAUGGUGAAUUAAGAAAAGGAUAUCGUGAUAUGAGAUACGGAAAUAUAGGCUAUAACGGUGAAUUAAGAAAAGGGUAUGGUGAUAUGAGAUACGGAAAUAUGGGUUAUGGUGAACUAAGAAAAGGAUAUGGUGAUAUGAGAUACGGAAAUAUGGGCUACAACGGUGAAUUAAGGAAAGGGUAUGGUAAUAUGAGAUACGGAAAUAUGGGUUAUGGUGAAUUAAGAAAAGGAUAUGGCGAUAUGAGAUACGGAAAUAAGGGUUAUGGUAACAUGGGGCUUGGAAAUAUCUUCUACAACUUGAAUAUACCGUUCGAGCCUGAAUAUUUAGGUUAUGAAGGUGGUGUAUACCCAAAAGGAUAUGGUAUCAAAGAGAGGUAUUACUAUAGAUUGAUCGGCAGGAGAGGAUUAGGAUUCGACAAAAGGACAGCUACUUCUUACGGACUGACUGCACCGAUAACGCCGGAGCUUUUGAGCGUGGUUGGAAAAAAGUACUACGACGAUCGCGAUUACUAUGAUUAUAACCAAGAGGGAACUUACAAAGUAUAAUGGUUCGAUAUUUCCACUUUUCUAUACCUAUACCUACUUAUGUAUAAUGAAACUGUAAC